GCGGGCCCUUCACGCGCUGAAGUGCGGGGCCGGCAGCCCAGCAACCCGACACCAGCGAUGAAUAAAUGAUGCCCUGGCGGCCUGCGGCCAGAUCGCCUCCGUCCCUGCCAGCUGCCAGGGGCAGCCGCCGCCCGGGCAUCGCGCGGCUCCGGACCUGCGGGCCGGCCGGCGGCGCAAGGAUGGCCAGGCGGCGGGGCGCGGGGCCCCUCUGGGCGCUGGGCGGCGCGGCGCUGGGGGUCUGCCUCGCGGGAGUCGCUGGGCAGCUGGUGGAGCCCAGCACGGCCCCGCCCAAGCCCAAGCCACCGCCGCUGACCAAGGAGACCGUGGUGUUCUGGGACAUGCGCCUGUGGCACGUGGUGGGCAUCUUCUCCCUCUUCGUGUUGUCCAUCAUUAUCACUCUGUGCUGUGUUUUCAACUGCCGUGUGCCACGGACUCGGAAGGAGAUCGAAGCCCGAUACCUGCAGCGGAAGGCGGCCAAGAUGUACACCGACAAGCUGGAGACGGUGCCACCCCUCAACGAGCUCACAGAGGUGCCCGGAGAUGACAAGAAGAAGAAGAAGAAAAAGGACAGUGUGGACACGGUGGCUAUCAAGGUCGAGGAGGAUGAGAAGAAUGAAGCCAAGAAGUGAGGAGAGACACGAGGACAGCUUCCUGACGGUGGCAGCUGGGGCCCAGGCAUCCUGGACUCCACGCUCCUUCAUGAGCCAAUCAGGGGCUGGGACCAGACCCAGGUGUCCUGCCUCCCAGCCUGGACUCCGCCCCUUUUACCAUGUCCACGUGGCCGCUCACAAAAGCAGGUCUGGGGCCACUGUCCCUCUGCAGAUCCAGAGCAGCCUCACGCCCCAGACACGCCUGUCUCACCCCUUUGGCCAGAAACAGCAGUGGUGCUAAAGGAGUGAUACGCUGUGGGAUCACUCUGGAAAGGCCUGUGAACUAUGUGACCCGGACGAUCAGCCGGGAGCGGCGGCAGCAGGCAGUUCUCAGGCCUGGCUGGACAGCAAUCCUGGGGCGAGGGGUCAGCCCAAACCUAGCAGGGGCUCUGGUCCAGCGAGGUGGGCAGAGGUGGCCAGAAGCAGGAGAACCCCCAGCCCAGCAGACUGAGCCCCUGGCCACAGGAUGCCCUUGGUUCACGCUCAGUGACGGAGCCGAGGAUGCUGGGGGUCAGCACGAGUCACGGGUGCAGGAGGCUGAAGCCGGGGCCAGGGGAGGAGGGAAGAAGGCUGCUGCCUGGGCCCUCUAGGAAUCCUGGGAGUAUCUGAGAAGUCCGCGGGCCCUUGGGCUGCGCUGCUGUCGGGGAGGCGUCAGGGCCCCAGGGGUCACUGAGGGGGCUGUUGGGGGUUGAGGCCCCUCUUCUCCCACCCUCAACAACAGGGCCCCAAAGCACCGCCGAUGAGAAGGCCGUCGGGAUGAGGGGUGCGGAGGGGCUUCCGAAGGGCAGGGAGCAUCAGCGGGGCAUCCACCGGGCCCGGGGACCAAGGAGAUUCCAGAGGUUUC